CCGCUCAUUUCUGUUAGAGUGCUUGGAGACUUCACUUCGCGUUUGGAGGAUCAGAUCCACGUUGGUUUUUGGCUUCAAUUACCCACAACUGUCAUCGUCAGCCCAGUCAGCGCCUUGCUAACUAAACUAGAUAAUAAAAAAAAACCGUAAUUCGCCACUUGAAACGAAGGAAAAACGAGGAAAAACAACUGCGUCGUGCACCAUUUUGUGAUAUAUUUUUGCCCUCCUCCUUCUUCAACGAUCCCUGUGCAAUUCUCUGUUAAAGAAAAAAAUUAAAAUAAUUACUAGCAACCAAUUGAAUUUCUGCGAGACCAACAUAACACAUAAAAAUUUCCAACUACUGUGAUCCGAACAAAGCUCUAAGUUUUUGAAUCAAGCCUGUGUAAUUUCCACCCACAACGAAUUGAAAAACUCGUACUCUGGAUUAUUUGCGGCAGUCACGAAGCAAAAAACAUAAGCUCAGCCUAAUAAUUGGACGAACUGAUUAAAAAACAGUUAAAACAAGGCCCGCAAAAACAACGGUGGAUCAACAGUUGCGAGUCGCAAGUUGUUGCAAGUCGCUAGUUGCACGUUGCCAAUUUGAAAUUGCACGCUUCCACGACUGAGACAGGAAGGAAAGGAAUCGCUGCCGCAGCAGGAAGCAGACGAAACUUCGCUGGGCGAAAGUAAAAGCAGGGUUGGGAAAUCAAGCAAAUCCAACAAAAAAGAAACCAACCGCACAGACCCACAAAGGCGCUUUAGCCAGCCAUGGAACGUGAAUCUAACCCAAUGCAACCCAUGUGCCGCUCCGGUUGCGGCUUCUAUGGUAAUCCAGCCACAGAUGGUCUCUGCUCCGUAUGCUAUAAGGACUCGCUUAGAAAAAAGCAACAGCCACCUGUGAGCAGCACACCUGUCUCCGUUCCAAGCCCACAACCUAGCCCCACAUUCAGUCCGGCCAUCGCAAUCACCAACACCGCACAGCCCACAGUCACCAGUUUACAACAGCCACACAACGAUGUCAAAGAGAAAAUCACCGAAGAAGCCGCAGCUGCUGCCAAAGUCAACAGCGAAGCCAUCACAUCGGCGACUGGUCCAAACACUUCCACACAAGCAGCCGCCUCCGCCAACGAGGAGGAUGACAAGGACAAGGAAGACGAUAAGGAUGCCAAAAAGAAGAAGAACCGAUGUGGCGAGUGCCGCAAGAAAGUUGGACUGACCGGUUUCCAGUGUCGCUGCGGCGGUCUGUACUGCGCCGUGCAUCGUUAUUCUGAUAAACAUAACUGCACAUUCGAUUAUAGAGAGCAUGGCGCACAGGAAAUCCGACGCAACAAUCCGGUUGUCGUUGGCGAGAAGAUUCAAAAGAUUUGAAUUUCGAUAUUGUGCCAGUAACAGUAACAGUAGCCGUAGAAUGAUAAUAACCAACUACACAUAAUAAGAGUACAUAUAUAUAUAUAUGAUGCGCUAUAAAACGGAAAGCAACAACAAAAACAACACCAGCAGAAAGCAUAAACACACACCACACAAAAUCACACAGAGUAAUGCUAAAUGAAUCGAUAUAAACUGUAAUUGUAAUGUAAUUAUAAUGUAAACAGCAAAAUCAAGCAACAAUAGUUCAGAGAAACGAUAACCAAAUACCCCGCAAAAAUGCAGCAACAACUGGAACAACAAUUUCGAUGCUCAACAACGUUAAGUUAGCAACGUCCAGCAGCAAGCUGCGGCAGCAACUUGCCACAAACGCACCAGGAAGCAGCGUUCAGCAGCCAACACCUUUGUAUCAUCUUGAACCAGACGCGUGACAGCGUUAGCAAGUGCAACAACAAUCACCGCCGCGUUUGUGGAAUGCGAAGAGCAAACGCAGCAAGCAACAUCAACAACAACCAGCACAACCGAUUGCCUUGGUCGCCUGCUGAGCUGGGCCGAAAACAAAACAGUUUUGAAGAAAACACCUUUCAUCGACCAACGUUGAAAUAGUUUGUUAUUCCAAAUACAAUUUGAAAAUUGUUUGUAUUUAGCUAAAAAUCCAACAAACAACACACGGCCACAUUUGCAACGACAACAAGCACACAACAAACAACAAACCUUUGUUUCAUGUUAUCAAACACCGCAACAAUCUUUUAGUAAGACAAUGUGUGUCAUUUGUUUUUGUAAUAUGUUGGAGUGUAUUAAAUAAAAAAAAAAUUCAAAAUGCAAAGUAUGAAAAGAAAUUUUAAGAAAAAUUUAACAAACCCAAAUUCACAUACAAAACAAAAACCAACCAAGCAACCAACUCUUUCUCAAUUCUUAAUUAUCAGCUAUUACAUGAAAAAAGAAAAACUAAUAUAUAUUAAUUAAUUAUGUAUAUGUAUUAAAAAAGAAAAAGCAAGAAAAAAAUAUGCAAAAUUAAGCGUAAAAAAACAAAGCCCUCACCACAAAAAAAAAUGUAAAAAAACCUGAAGAAAAGAAACAAAGAAUAACGCAGUUGUGUAGAGCUCCCUAAAAAGUUUGCUAAGAAUCCACGACCACGCUAGACACGAGCGAGAGAGAGAAUAGCUAUAGAGAGAGAGAGGAGAAGCGCGAUUAGUGUAAAGCAACUUGGAGCAUAACAACUCCCUAUACAUAGAAAUCUAAAUAUAAUUAUAAUUAAUUAGUGAAUCAAAGCAGGCGAAUGCAGUGCAAGCGGCGUUUUUUCUUCGUUUUACUUUUUGCCCUCCUCCUGUCCCUCUAACAUUAAAUUGAAUUGAUUUUAAUUUUCUGAUUUUCGAUGAAUUAUAUAUAUAUAUGCAUAAUAUUAACUAUAUCUACAUCUAUAUAUGUAUGGUAGGAUAUGUAAAUCGUGUGAAGCAUACACACAUAUAGUUUCUUUGGGUAUAUGCACAUUAAGGCGAAAAAACAAAAGAUAAAAACCAUUAAAAAAGCAUAUUCUAUCUAUAUAUAUAUAUAGCGGUUACAAAGUAAAUUCAGCAAAAAUGGCAAACGAAAAAUGCAAAAAAUACAAUAAAUAUAUAUGGUUCGUCUUUAGAUUUUUAUUGCUUUAAGCGUUAUUUAGUUUUUCUUUGUUUAUAUUAAAACACACAUGCGUGUACACAACAAAACAACAAACCCCUUUUUAAUUUAGCUUUCUCCAUUCUGUAGUACAUAAUUUACAAUUUUAUUCAAAUCAAUUACACCUAUGCAAAUAAAUUUACAUCUAGAAAUAAAUUGUGUUGUUAACCCUACAAACAAGAACAAAAAAAAUACAAAAAUGAAAAAAAAAUCAAAACAAAUGUUGUAAGUAAAACUAAACUUACCAAUAACAAAGAGGAAAUAAUGCAAUAAAUUUGAUUCUACAAUUAAAAUUCCCACAAGACCAAAACCAAUCCAAUAAGUACAUUUGGCACAAAGAACUGAAAAGGAAUCGUUUUCGCACCAGCAACAAAACAAAAGCCGACACCAAACUCGCCUUCAACCAAUCGCCUUCCCAUUGGGAAAACUUUUCGCGAGAUCGAAUCUAUCUAGAGGUGUUGCCAAAUCCCAGGCAACACUCCUAGUUAUACGUUGAUCUGGGGAAUCUCGGGGUCAAAGCGGGUCCAUAGGGACCUUCGUUGUGCACAGCAGAUUCUGGACAAGAGUUGAGCAAAGCAAUCCAGCAAUAGUGAAGUCCAACCACGUUAGGGGGUGUUUAGUCAGAACAUUUGAACUGUACAAAAUCAGAGAUGAAAAAUGCAACCUAGAAACGAACUUCAAUAUAAUUUUAAAUGAAAGACGAAACCUAGAAAUGUACAGAGCCAGAGAUGAAAUAGAUGGGAGAAAUUAGGGAUGUGAAGAACUGCAAUUAAUCAACAAGAACAGCUAAAUGUCAUUUUAAUUUUAAUUUGUCCCCUCACACUGAUAAAGGCAACACUCUACAUAUACGUAUAUCAUAAUUUAAUUGAAAACUAUAAAAUUAAUUAGAAAAAUUGUAUACAUACACGAACACACAAUAUGGAUUUUAAGAAUUAACGAACAAGCUUACCACCAUUUAAAGGCGUUUUAAAACUGAUUUACUAACUUCAAAAAGAUAAAAUUUGAAGAUGAAUAUAAAGUUCGAAUCGAUUUAAUAAAACCCAUUUCUAUCAUUUUUGCAUAGUUGUAGUUUUCAGUUACAAAAAUUUACAAUGCUUUAGUGUGCUUUUAGUUGAAAUUGUGUUUAUAUAUUUAACGAAAGAGUAAAGUGAAAAGGCAAAUAAUAAUUAUAACUAAGCGUAAUAAACUUUUAUUAUCAUUAACCACAACGUUUAUUCUAGUAGUUCUUUAUUGUAUUACCAGAUUAAUUAUUAUUAUUUUGUUGUGUGCACCUCUUAGUCACUUUUGCGCUUAUAAGCUAAUCAAAACAACUCGCAAGCAAUCACUUCCACAUUGUUUACAAUCCCAAUCCCGAUCCUGAUCCCAAAUCUCCAGCCUGAGAAUCCCAGUUCCGCCAAAAUCUACUUGUGUUAAAAUCUUUUGCAAUUGCUAGCCGAAUUUGAUAAUUGUUUGACUCUUACUUUGGAUAUGUGAAGUGUUUUGUUGACAGAAGGAGCGGAGAUGGAACGAAAUUAGUUGAUUUAAGCGUAUGAAUGGGAUUUAAUGAAUAUGAAUAUGAAUGCAUCCAAUAUCUAAAACUAUGCGUAUAUAAAUAUUUUACUAAUGUGUAAUUGUAAUUAAAUGCGUCGGAUGAGAAUAUCUGCAGCUGAAGCAGAAGUUGGGCGGAGAAACAGUGAACAUAUAUAUUUAACACAGAAACGGUAAAGCUAGAAAAUCUAAAUAGAAAUAGAUAUAUACUUAUACCUAAACAUGAGCCUCAGAUCCGGGCGUAUAUAAGAGCAACAACUAUUUUAAUUAAACUUAAACAAAUGCAUAAACAAAUACAAUAAAAUAGAAGUUAAAGCAAGAGCAACCACAAAAACAAUUGAAAUGAACAAUGAAAACAAUAUUAACUUCAAAAUUUAUAUAGCAAACUGGAUAAUGUUCAAUAAAAUGCGAUAAUAUAAUUUUUAAAAACAUUUGCAUUUUUCAUUUUCAUUUGAUUUAGUUUGGACGCAGUUUUUCAAAGAUACUUUUUCCAUCUUUCGAUAUCCAUUUGGAACCGAAGCCAAGCCAAGGUGCUAAGUAGUUUAGAUACGAUGACGAGGUGGCUUAAAUGGCCAAUUGAGAGUAGAUCGAGUGGCUCUGGGAUUUGUUUCAAAAUGGUUCGUUCGCUCUUAAUGCAAUAGUUAAUAACCUAACUAAAGUCACAGCAAGUGUUCAAAAGUAAAACUCAGUAACUACCUAAACUCAGCAAGUAAAUAACAAUAAUACAUUUGUGUGUGCUUAUUUCGUUAUGAUAAUUUUAAAACAGAAUCACACAGUUAAUAACUUCAAGUGAAGAAA